CACAAACCAAAUCGGCUGCAAACUGCCAGUAAAUAAUGACAGCAGUGACUCUGUCUGUUGGAUAGCUCCGUAAAAGUCAGAUAUUUUGCAGUGAAUAUGUAGAGAUACUGUUGAGAGAAUACAGGUCCGUCCCCUCCCCAACUUUUUCCGUUGAAUCAACACUCAUCGCUACCGUCUUACUCAACUCGCUUCUGCUCAAAAGAGGAAUGUUAAAAAAGGUUGCAGAGGGAUAGCGACGUUCUGGCUUGGUCCUUCAUAGUUGUUAUCAAUGCAGGAUGUCGGUGUAGUCCGGCAUGAUAGUACCGCCCUGGGUGGCCACUGCGGUGAUCCAUUGGAUAUUGAAAAGCAGAAUGCGGAGGCCAGCAAUCAUGGCUUAGCUACUGAAAAUGUGGAUCAAUCUGUACUCACCAUAGUGGUUUCUGCGGGCGAAUCACUCAACUCCCAAGCUGCCACUGUAACCACAGACCCAGUUGGGGAUAUUGCCACUACUGAGAAAAUAGCAAUUGUAGAGUCUCGUAAGAAGCUUAACUUAUCCAGGAAUUCUAGUCAUCAUGAACAAUGCAGAGUAUGUCAAGAGGAAAAGGAAGAAGAGUUGAUCGAUCUUGGAUGCCACUGUCGUGGUGGAUUGGCAAAAGCACAUCAGUCAUGCAUUGAAACAUGGUUUAAUACUAGAGGUUCAAAUAAAUGCGAAAUAUGCCAGCAAGUAGCUGCAAAUGUGUCACCUCCAGAGUCUCAUGCACCUACAAGUUAUUGGAUUUGGAGAGUCGAUCCUUCUUUUAGGGGGGCGAAUAUUUCCCAAGAGCGGGAUAGAGGUUGUCUUAAUCCACUUUGGGUAGCAUUUUGUAUCCUCAUUGGUGGUCUGUUUCUGGAUGUGCUAAUAUCCAUUACGCUUGGAGUCUCUGCACUGCCUGUGAACAUCAUAAUCGGAGUAAUAGUUGUGCUGGGACUCGGAACGGCUCUUAGGCUUGCCCUUGAGUUCUGCCAUGAUUGGAGUAUCCGAAGAGUAGUGCACCAGGUAGAAGCAAAUGUCAGUAUUGGAUAUCAUCCUACGUUGUAGGUGAAAGGUACUUGAAAGUGGAUAAUUGAUUCAAACUACACCCGAAAACUGUUCAUACACCCUGAAACAUUGAAAUUUCUCCAGCAAAUGUGACCCAGAGGCUUGCAGAGCCUGCAACUUGAAAAAUUUGUGGGAGCUAAUGUUCUUAAAUGACAAAUUGUGAUUGAACUUACCAUUGUAUUUAUAUGCAUUGUGUAGUUUGUCUGCUUUGAUAUCUAUACAUCAGUCUAUAUUGCCAAAAUUACUUCGGAAUGCAAAAUUUCUGUAGCUAAAGUGGUGAAUGAAUGAUUUUUGUCUUGA